AUGAGCCCUGGCAUGAUGCCCUACAUCUGCCCACGACGCUGGUCCCUGUUCCACGCAGUUCGCGACAUUGAAUCGAAGGAGGUCCUCGUUCUCAUCUUCUUCAUCAAUGGCCUGGAUGAGUUUGAUAUCGCUCAUGUUGAUUUAUGCCAGAGGAUACAAAGUAUAUCUACUCACCGAACCGUCAAAGUCUGUGUUGCUAGUCGGCCUUGGCCACAGUUCAGCGACGCCUUCGCAAGUAGCCCGGGACUGCAGAUGCAUCUUCUGACGGAUGCUGGUAUCCAGGCCUUUGUUGAGGUCACUUUCUCGAAGGGCGGUGGUGACCAGCUGCUUGAAGACAUUGUGAAGAAAGCCAAGGGUGUCUUCCUCUGGACUGCACUGGUGACCCAGACACUUCCAGAAAAUCUUCUCGAUGGGUCGAGCCUACCGCUCAAAGCGAUUCUUGACACGAUGCCAAGUGAAAUUGAGAGUCUGUACGAUGCUAUAUACGCGGCAAUUCCCAGGAGACUGCUGCCCGAAGUGUCUGCAACUCUGCAGCUCUACGUUCUGGCAUCCCAGCCACUCGACUGGAUGACCUUCUGGCUCGCUGAUGAGACUAGAGGUGGAUCAACCGCCAUCCAUGUCCAGUCAUUAGAUAUGGAUAAGGUACAGGCUUCUGUCAAACGCAGACUCGGGGCUCGUACAAGAGGCAUCCUGGAACUCGUACCUCAAACACAAACUAUUGAGUACAUCCACCGAACAGCGGUAGAGUGGGUAAACCAACCCCGUGUCUGGGAACAACUCAAAUCCGUGAGCGCCCCAGACCUUGACUCUCACUACUGCCUCCUUCAGGCAGAAGCUAUUCAGGUGGAAAACUGGGAGCCAACCGACCUCCCGGGCAGUACCGCCUACUGGGAGGAUGUGACGAAAGGGUUGCAUUACGCGUCUCACAUUGACCCCGCCGUUACCUCAGAUUCAGCAUUGACUACCGCUCUUGAUAGGUUUCAUGAUGCAUGUGCAAAAAGGUUUACAACCUUCAUCGGCCUGGAAGACACCGACUCUUCUGUCAAGCUAUCUUGGGCAUCGUACCAGCCUAUGAAAACCCAAGGCGUGAGAGCGAAUACCUUUAAUGGCUUGAUGGCGCAAUUUGCCAUUGUCCCGUACACUCGCUACAAAUUCAGAGAUAAGACCACACCCUUUCACCCAGUACCUCAGAAGCGCUCCAUAGCCUUGCUCGAGCAGGCCAUCUUUGGACCUGGAGCUUAUAGUUCUCCCGGAGCGCUAGCGGUUUUUGACCAACCAAACUUGCCGAAGAUAUCGUACUUCCAGAGGCUACAGGCAGUCAGUCUUCUUCUCGAGCGCGGGGUACGACAACCUGGUAUUGUGUCCAUGGUCAAGGAGCGUGGAUGUGAUGCGAGUAGCAGAGGCGAUGGCGAUUAUGGCCAGUAUCUAAGUGAUGUUCUGCAGCUGCUAGUUCAGCAUCGAGCAACAACUGGGGAGAAGAGGAGCUAUAUGAAGAGGUUAUUCAGGCUGGAUUGA